CUCAAUGGUGUGAACCACAGACUGCAAAAGGAGACGCACAGAAGCAGCAGUCAGCCAUGCUGAAGCCGGGCGACCCGAGCGGCUCGGCCUUCCUGAAAGUGGACCCGUCCUACCUGCAGCACUGGCAGCAGCUCUUCCCUCAGGCUCAGCUGAAGGCUCCUUUGGCCCCGCCGCUGCCCCCACCUGACCGCCUCUCCAUCCCCGUGGACGCCGUGCGCCCAUCGCGCCUGCACAGCCACCUCCUGGCUUCCACACACUGCACUUCUUCUUCAUCUUCGACAUCCUCCUCCUCAGCAGCUUCUUCUUCAGCAGCAGCGGCGGCGGCAGCAGCGGCCCUCACCCCGUCCACCUCCAUCUCCAUCUCCACCACCACAGGGCUCUCCCAGCUGCCUGUCCCCCAACAGAUCGCACUUUUUGGGCAGGCAUUGGCCCCAGUGUGUGCUGGACCUGGAGGACCUGGAGGAGGUGGAGGAGGGGGACCAGGAGGAGGAGGAGGAGACCUGGUGGUGGUGGUCCCUCCAGAGAACCCACAGGGGCUCAACGCAGCAGCGGGGCUCCUCCAUCAGGCCAAAGAGCAGAGCUGUGGAGGGGUGGGGGUGGGAGUGGUGUCGUCCAGCGUGAAGAGCAGCGGCGAGGAGGGCGGCAAAGGAACCGCGACGAGGUUCAAGCUGACGGCAGAGGAGCUGGACUACUACCUGUACGGACAGCAGAGGAUGGAGAUCAUCCCGCUGAGCAACCACACAGGAGAGCUCAAUAACCGCUGUGACAUGUGUGCAGACAACAGGAACGGUGAGUGUCCGAUGCACGGACCUCUUCACUCUCUGCGCCGGCUCGUCGGCACCAGCAGCACGGCAGCGCCCGUCACACUUCCGGACAUCCCUGAUUGGCUGAGAGAUCUGCCCAGAGAGGUGUGUCUGUGCACCAGCACCGUUCCCGGGCUGGGUUAUGGGAUCUGCGCAGCUCAGAGGAUCCCUCAGGGAACCUGGAUCGGCCCGUUUCAAGGAGUCCCCCUGAUGCUGGACAAAGUGCAGUCUGGAGCGGUCAGGAACACCCGACACCUGUGGGAGAUCUACGAUGCUGAGGGAACGUUACAGCACUUCAUCGACGGUAAUGAUCCCAGCAAAUCCAGCUGGAUGAGGUAUAUCCGCUGUGCGAGGCACUGUGGGGAGCAGAACAUGAUGGUGGUACAGUACAGGUCCUGCAUCUUCUACAGAGCGUGUAUGGAUAUCCCCAGAGGAACUGAGCUGCUGGUUUGGUACAACGACUCCUACACUUCAUUCUUCGGCAUCCCGCUGCAGUGCAUCGCCCAGGAUGAAAACUUAAAUGUCCCAGCCACAGUGGUGGAGGCCAUGACCAGGCAGGAAUCCCUCCAGUCCUUCAACAAAAACGGCAAACCCUCCUCCUCAUCAUCUUCUUCAUCUACUCCGUCCUCCACCCUCAUGCGCUCCAUGGUCUUCCCCCACUCCCCCUGCUCUCGGAGUUUCUCACUGUUGGAUAAGGUUGGGGUUCAGUCAGACACCAGUUUUGGCCAGUUGGGGUCAAAGAACCAGCGAAUCCUGGCAAGUCCAACCUCCACCAGCCAGCUGAGCAGCGAGUUCAGCGACUGGCACCUGUGGAAGUGCGGCCAGUGCUUCAAGACCUUCACCCAGAGGAUCCUGCUGCAGAUGCACGUCUGUCCGCAAAAUCCUGACCGGCCAUACCAGUGUGGCCACUGCUCCCAGUCCUUCUCCCAGCCGUCAGAGUUGAGGAACCAUGUAGUGACGCACUCCAGCGACCGUCCUUUCAAAUGUGGAUACUGUGGCCGGGCGUUCGCUGGUGCCACAACGCUCAACAACCACAUCCGCACGCACACAGGAGAGAAGCCGUUCAAGUGUGAGCGGUGCGACCGCAGCUUCACACAGGCCACGCAGCUCAGCCGCCAUCAGCGACUUCCCAACGAGUGCAAACCUGUGAACGAGACCAGCGAGUCCAUCGAGGUGGAUUAACCCGACUGUUUCCCGACUGAGACCGCAUCCACAUUGAGGCAGUUAAAUAUGAAAGUGCGUCUUUUUCUCUCAGUUUGGGCCUCACAUCCAUGCUGAGACUUCAUCAAACACCUUCAAACCUCCAUGUUUCCAGCUCCUGAGGAGCAUCAGUCUGCAUUCACUAUGGUAACAGCUGAAAUGGUCAAAAAACAGCUGAGACAGCUGCUAAUUCAUUUAGCAUCUAAGUGGUGUGUCUGCGUGAGAUCGGCUGCAUGAGUGGGGCUGUGGGCUGCACA